UUUUCUGCCCCUUUUCCAGGUGUGCAUAAUUCCCAAGCUCUGCCUUUCAGGCCUGACAGACCAAGAGAGACAAAAAGAAGCAUUUGACCUUUAAGGCAGAAAGCAGUAUUGCAGCAAAGGGAAUUUAUCUUGCCUCGCUUCAAGACGUGAGGAGCUGUAUAUUGGAAAUAUAUAUUCAUCUCUCUAUAUAUAUCUAUAUAUAAACGUACGCAUAUACCUCUAUUUUUUUGGGGAGAAGGAAACUUGCACGACAACGGCGCAGAAGCAGGCGCAUGUCUGGAGCCAUGAAGAAGUUUUUUGACUCUCGGCGGGAGCAGGGAGGCUCCGGCGCCGGUUCCGGGCCCCUCGGGGGGAGCGGAGGCAGCGGCGGGCCCGGCACCGGGUACAUCGGUCGGGUUUUCAACAUUGGGAGGCACCAGGUUACCGUGGACGAGGUCCUGGCCGAAGGCGGGUUUGCUAUUGUUUUCCUGGUGAGGACUGGCAACGGCGUGAAAUGUGCCCUCAAACGCAUGUAUGUCAACAACGAACACGACCUACAAGUCUGCAAACGGGAGAUUCAAAUCAUGCGGGAUCUUGUGGGACACAAGAACAUUGUCGGGUACAUCGAUUCCAGCAUCAAUUCCGUCAGCAGCGGGGACGUCUGGGAAGUCUUGAUCCUGAUGGAUUUCUGCCGAGGCGGCCAAGUGGUCAACCUGAUGAACCAGCGGCUGCAGACAGGCUUCACGGAGAAUGAAGUCCUGCAGAUCUUCUGCGACACCUGCGAAGCUGUGGCCAGGCUGCACCAGUGCAAGGCGCCCAUCGUCCACAGGGAUCUGAAGGUGGAGAACAUCCUCCUCCAUGACCGCGGCCAUUACGUCCUAUGCGACUUUGGAAGCGCCACCAACAAGUUCCAGAACCCGCAGCUGGAAGGAGUGAACGCAGUGGAAGAGGAGAUCAAGAAGUACACCACACUGUCCUACCGUGCACCUGAGAUGGUCAACCUCUACAGUGGCAAACUGAUCACAACAAAAGCUGACAUUUGGGCCAUGGGCUGCUUGCUGUACAAGCUCUGCUACUUCACCCUGCCCUUUGGGGAGAGCCAAGUGGCCAUUUGCGACGGGAACUUCACCAUCCCUGACAACUCCCGCUAUUCCCACGACAUGCACUGCCUCAUACGGUAUAUGCUGGAGCCCGAUCCUGAGAAACGGCCAGAAAUUUAUCAGGUCUCCCAUUUUGCCUUCAAACUGGCAAAGAGGGAUUGCCCAGUCCAGAAUGUACAGAACUCUCCACUCCCUGCCAAACUCCCUGAGCCAGUGAAAGCGAGCGAAGCCGCUGCUAAGAAAACCCAGCCCAAAGCCAGGCUGACAGACCCGAUUCCCACAACGGAGACGUCCAUCACUCCUCGCCAAAGACCCAAAGCUGGACAGACACAGCCGAACCCGGGGAUCCUGCCCAUCCAGCCAGCCCUGACACCCAGGAAGAGACCCACGGUGCAGGCCAGCGUCCAGCCGCAGGUGACAACUGUAGGAGCCUUGGCCGGCGGGCAGCCCCCGCACCCUGCGGUCAUUGCGCAGCCGAAGGCUCUGGCCCAGCCCUCCGCCCCCCUUCCACAGGCCCAGCCCAAGCAGGCGCUCUCGGGGCAGCAACCUGCUGUGGCCACUCAGCCGCAAGGCCCUGGGACUCCAGCCCAAGCCACGCCGCAGCACCAGCUCUUCCUCAAGCAGCAACAGCAGCAAGCGCAGGCAGUGCCACAGCCGACAGCACCCGCUGCGUUUUAUCAGCAGGCGCCGCAGCCUCCUUUGCAGGCUCAACAGGUGAUUCCUCCAGCCGCUCAGCCACAGGUGAGGGUGGGGCCGCAGGGGACCACUGUGACGCCCACACAGCCGUUGGCACCACAGCAGCCGCAGCAGCCUCCAGCCGUGCAGAAUUACAUGCAGCAGCAGCAGCUGUUGGCCCAGCAGGCUGGCCUCCAGCAGAAAGCAGCGGCUGGGCAGCCAAAGCCUCCGACUCAGAUGGUGCCGCAAGCAGCGGUCCAGCCUGUCCCGUCGCAGGAUCACCCGCAAGCGCCUCCACGACAGAAGGACAAGCACCUCCCAGCGACCCCUGCGGCGGCUGUCCAGGGCCAGAAGGCGGGCGCCCUCACGCCACCCUCCUCCCCGAAGGCCCAGCGCGCCGGGCACCGCAGGAUCCUCAGUGACGUGACCCACAGCACCGUCUUCGGGGUUCCGGCCAGCAAGUCCACGCAGCUCCUUCAGGCCGCCGCGGCCGAAGCCAGCCUCAACAAAUCCAAGUCGGCCUCCACUACGCCAUCCGGGUCUCCCAGGACCUCGCAGCAGAACGUCUACAACCCACCAGACGUCUCCACCUGGAACCCUUUCGACGAUGACAACUUCUCCAAACUCACGGCGGAAGAGCUGCUGAAUAAAGACUUCGCCAAACUGGGCGACGGGAAGCCUCCGGAAAAGCUUGGCAGUUCGGUAGAGAACCUGAUCCCCGGUUUCCAGCCAGCACCACCCGCCACAACCCAGGCCGAUGCCUUUGGUCCCUCUCCCCUUGCACCUGUGCCAGCUGAAAAAAAUAAAGACAUCUUGGACUCCAGCCCUCCGCUGCUGGCGGUCGCUGACCCUUUCAUUCCUCUUCCUCUUCCGCUGUCAGAGACGCCAGAGAAACUGAUUGAGGGCCUCAAAUCUCCCGAACCUGCUCUUCUGCUCCCCGACAUUCUGCCUCUUGCUGACCCCUUCGGUUGCGCCUCUGACGCCGUGAAUGGAAAAGCCGACCUGGCGGGGGCCGCAGAAAGCCUCAUCCCGGGCCUGGAGGCCCCCAGCGGCCAGCAGCGCGUCUCCUCCUCGCAGACCGACUCUGUGGCUUCCAACAGAGCAGACUCUCUGACCGGAGAGGACUCCCUCCUGGACUGCUCUCUGCUCUCCAACCCAGCUACCGACCUCCUGGAGGAGUUUGCGCCUUUGGCCCUGCCGCCCCAGGCUCACAAAGAAGAUACUAACCUGAUCUCGGGCUUUGAUGUCCCGGAGGGCUCUGAGAAAGUGGCCGAAGAUGAGUUUGACCCCAUCCCUGUGUUGAUAUCCAAAAAUGCACAAGGUGGUCAUUCUAGAAACAGCAGCGGAAGCUCAGAGUCCAGCCUCCCCAACCUCGCCAGGUCCCUCCUGCUAGUGGAUCAACUCAUAGACCUGUAGCAGAGGUCUUGUGCUUCACGGGAGGAAUAUACAUAUAUAUAUAUACAUAGAUAAUAGAUAUAUAUUCCUUUAUUUUAUUUUUUUCUCUGGUUGACUUUCCGUCCCUCCUUUCCUUGCCCCCUCCGUGGACCAGCCUUUGCGUUCCCAAAUGGCUUUUGUGUUUUUCCGGGUCGUUCUCUUUUUGGUUUCAAUUGGGGGAGGAGGCUUUCCCCUUUAGCACAUUCUCCCCAAAAACAGCUAUUACAAAUCCUGAUCUCUCCAUUCUCUUCAAAGGAAGCAACCGGCCGUUUAACCACGUCGCUGGGGGCUUCCUUCCUUGCCAAAAAAAAUUACAAUUCCUUGCUAGAAAAUGCCGGCGACGAGCAAUGCCCCCCUUGCUUUGCAUUAGGCUAUAGAUCGCUAAACAAACGAUACUCGUCCUUUUAUUGCCCUGAUCCAAAAAAGGAUAAUGAAAAAUAGUUAGCCUUGACCCUCUCUCUCUGAUGCCAAAUUGGAGGGGAAAGCGGUCAUAUCGAAGGCCAAAACGGGGCCUUAAGACCACUGAAUAACACAGAAAAGGUCUUUUAAAAGCUUCGCUUCCUCUUCCGCUUAGGAAUGGACUGUGCUUUGAAAUAUAUAGAUAUAUAAGAAUACUAAUAAUUUAACAAAAGAUGCCAUUAAAGCUCUGGAAACUAUCCCAUGCAGAAACACACCCUAAGAGAAGCAUGGCUCAUGUCCCUUUUCGAUGUCGAGUGAACUCGUUUGUUUCGGGGGCCAAGCACCAAACACCGCCGAUCCUUGAUUUUUUUAUUUUUCUGCAAAUUGUAUGUACAUUUCCGGGUUCUUUGUGUUCCUUCCUUCCCUCUGAGCCAGGUGAGGUUGUUUGGGGCCUGUGUGUCUGUUCCUUUUUCUUUUCUUUUGCAAUAUAUAUAUAUAUAUAUAUACAUCGUCCAGGUAAUCGGAGCCAUUUCCCUGACCUUCGCUGUAGACCAUUUUGAAAUGGGGGAAAAAAAGGACUGUCGCUUCCCUUGAGCAUCUUUUGUCGCAUGCGCUCCUUUGUCAGCCGGUGGCCAAGUGCUUUCCCCAGCUUCGGUGUUUUCCCCGAAACGGGUUUAUGGAACUUCCCAUGCGCUCCGUUUCGUCAAAAUAAUAAUACUGGAUAUAUAGUAAACUUGUUUCCCAUUGGCUUCUUCUUCUUCUCCGUCUUCUUCUUCUUGGAGUCCAAAGCUUUUCCAACAGGAAGAGCCUCUCGUUAUAACUCCGUAGUGGGAUAACUGUUCGCUUAUGGGCUACCUUUGUGGAUGUGGAUGUAGCUGUAUUAGGAUAUUUUGUUAUUUUUGGAUUAUUUUAAAUUUUCAUUUUAAAAAGGUGCAGUUGUUUAUUCUCAAAAGUAUGAAUGGCUAAGAUUUUAAUCGUUGUCCCUCCUAAUGGAAUACAUAAAGGGAAAAGGCUCCGAGGAGGAGUCUUUCCCGAUCCAUUGAAUCAUAUGAGGAUGGGUCAAAAAGUUUUGCCUCCUGGGUCCUAAAAAUGUUAUAAAUGAACCUAUAACAGCAGAAGUUGCUCCAGAUCGGGGCCAGGCUUUAGCACAGCUGGUAAAUCACCAGCAAUAAUAAUAAAUAAUAAUAAACUUUAUUUAUACCCCACCACCAUCUCCCCAACGGGGACUCGGAGCGGCUUACAUGGGGCCAGGCCCGAACAACAAACUACAAUAUAAAACACAAAAUGUAAACCAUCAAAACAUAUAAAACAAUAUACACAGAACAUAGAAACCAAACAUGUAAAUAAAAUGAUUUAAUAACUCUGGCAGUGAUAAAAUCUACCAUCUGAAAGGUUACCAGUUCGAAGCCCUGGGUUGGCGUGAGCUCCUGGCUGUCAACCCAGCUGACAGUAGUUUACCUAAGCCAGGGGUCCUCAAACUAAGGCCCGCGGGCCGGAUACGGCCCUCCAAGAUCAUUUACCCGGCCCUUGCUCAGGGUCAACCUAAGUCUGAAAUGACUUGAAAGCACACAACAACAACCCUAUCUCAUCAGCCAAAAGCAGGCCUACACUUCCCAUUGAAAUACUAAUAAGUUUAUAUUUGAUAAAAUUGUUCAUUUUAAUUGUUGUAUUGUUUUAAGUGUUUUUUGCACUACAAAUAAGUUGUGUGCAGUGUGCAUAGGAAUUCAUUCAUGUUUUUUUUUUUCAAAUUAUAAUCUGGCCCUUCAACAGUUUGAGGAACUGUGACCUGGCCCUCUGUUUAAAAAGUUUGGGGACCCCUGACCUAAGCUAACGAACAAUAGUUUACCUAAGCAGUUUGAAAACAGCUUAGAGCUGUAAGUAGAGAAAUUGGGUACUGCUAAACAUGCGGGGGAGGUAUUUUAUGACACCAUAAAGAAAAAGGUCAGAUAAUGCCCAGAGACCAAAAGGAAGGAGGAAGUCCUGAUGGCUCUUUAUCAUAGAGGAUGAAACAACAGCACCCCCCUGUGGCUGGAUUCAAGCACAACCUCCAAGGCGCUAAAAAGCUGGACGUCAGCAAAACAAACCGCCUUUCUGUUCUGUUCUGUCUGUCUCUGUCCUGUCUAUCCAAAACGGCAUUGAAUGUUUGCCACAUAUGUGUACUGUGAUACGCGCUGAGUCCCCUUGGGGAGAUAGGGCGGAAUAUAAAUCAAGUGUUAUCAUAUUAUUAUUAUUAUUGCCUGAACGGUCCUCUACCAAAACAACUGGUCAGCACAGUCACCAUCAAUUUGGACGCAUUUGCACCAUUGUUUAACCUGGGCAUCCAAACCAUUUUGGAAAAAUGCAGGGUUUAACUUUGUGAGCCAUAACUUUAAAGCUGUUUGAACAUCAUUCAAGCCAUUGAAUCUGAAACCACGUCGGUUGUCUCUCAGAGGUCCAAACAUGUAAAAAUUAGAAGGGGCCAAAUCAUAAACAUUCUUCAAGCGAUGAUGGAUUUCCUGAGGUGCAUAUUAACCUUUUGGGCCAGAAAUCCAAUGACGACUCUUUCUUUUGACUUCCGAUUCAUGGUUCUAAUCAGUCAAGUUUAGAACCAUGAAGGUUGCCUCUAUCCCAGGCAUGGGCAAACUUGAGCCUUCCAAGUGUUUUGGACUUCAACUCCCACAAUUCCUAACAGCCUCAGGCGGGGGGAGGGGGGAGGAAGGGGUCUGAGGCUGUUAGGAAUUGUGGGAGUUGAAGUCCAAAACACCCGGAGGGCCAAAGUUUGCUUAUGCCUGCUCUAUCCUCUCAUGCAUAGAUAGUUCAGUAGCUGGAAAAGAAAGGUUAGAACGACGGAGGCAUUACCUUUUCACCCACCCUCAUAUAAUCCCCCCCCCUCUCUCGUUUCCCUUUCGGAAAUUAGCUUAACCAAUUCUGUAAAUAGGAUUUGAUCCGUCCGUUUGUUCUUAACAGUCUUCAUGAUGGGAAAAAAAAUGGGAAAGUAUCGCUUCCGUGUGACGUGUCCAUUUUGCGUGCUGCACUUUUCCCCCCUCCCGAUGAUGAUGAUGAUGAUGAUGAGAAAAAUAAUAAUUAUGGAAGUGAUCUUAGCGAAAAAUUGUGGAUAGAUUCUUUAUAUUUUUGGGGGCUUCUAGGGUGGGAUUUUGGGGGUGAAAUCGGACUUGAUUUUUUUGGGGGGGAGGGGGAUAUUCCUCUAAAGCACAGGCCGCUGGUGCUGGGUGAAGGCGGGCGAAGCUUUAGAUAGAACGUUAUUGUAUAGUCAGAUGCCGAAGAAGAAAAAAAUAUAUGGAAAAUGAAAUGAAAUAAAAUAAAAAAGAAUGGAUUUUUUUAAACAAAGUGCACCAUCUGCUGUAUAUUAAGAACCAAAAAAAGGACAUUCAGUGAAUUAAAAGUACUUUUCCAAAAGUUUGAUUGAACUUGUUGAAGAGUUCGGAGUGCAGAAGUGAAUGGAGGAUGCCAACUGAAAUAGAACUGAAUGGUAUUAUUUUUUUGUUUGGGGCCGGGGGGAAUUAUUUCUUUUUUUUCCAGAAACGAUUCAUGCAAAGAUAAUCCGUUUGGGGGGGGGGGGGGGGCUGAAACCAUUUAUCCUGUACCAAGGUUGAUGGAUUGGACCCAAGCGUCAUUGAAGUGACAUGUAGCAGAUUCUUGAAUAAACAGAGCAAAAACUGAA